AUGGGAAUGGGGAAGCAAAAGUUGGGUUCCAUCUCUUGUGAUGAUGAAUUUUUUCAAUUUUUGUUUAGGAACACAAAAGAAGGCAAGAAGGAAAAACCCAAGGUAUAUCUAGGGGCUUGGGAAGAGGAAAGUGGUAACACAUUAAAGAAACAGUUUCAUCACUUCAUUAAGGAGAUCAUCAUCAUGAUUCGAGUGUGCAAGAGAUUUCGUGAAGGCCUUCGUGGAUUCCGGGAGUGUGAAAUCAUGCAGACCACAGAUGAAGGGGACCCCAUCUUCUCUGCAUGGAAUGAAAGCAAGCAGACCAAACUGACCUUCAACCACAACGAAUUCUUCUUUGAGCAGGGACACUUCCCUCAAAGAGCUAUUCAAAUUACUCAGAAGAAGCCAGAGUGGAGAGACGAAAAAGAGGUCCGCAAUCUCUGUAAUUUUCUGCAGGUGUUGGAAAGCUUCUGGAAUUACAGCCCGCAGCUCCAACUGCUGCUGGCCAAAGUCAUCCGCUACAAACGGUUCGGCCGCAGGCGUGUGAUCUUUAAGAAGGGGCAUAAGGGCAACAGUUUCUACUUCAUCUACUUGGGGACAGUUGCUAUGACUGCAGAUGAAGAUGGGAGCAGUGCCUUCCUAGAUGCACACCCAGACUUGCUCUACAAGGGCUCAUCUUUUGGAGAGAUGGCUUUGUUGACUGGAGCUGAGAGGUUCACCACUGUGGUCUGUAUGGAGGACACUGAGUUAUUGGUUGUGGACAAGGAGGAUUUAUUUGGUAAUAUGGUGGAUGAGGAGAUGAAGAAGGAAUUUCAAACUCGGUUUAAUUUCUUCAGGGAGCAUUAUCUCUUUAAGACAUGGUCUUAUGAGACCCUCUUAAAAGCGGCAAGUAAUUGCAAAGUGGAGAAGUUCUCAUAUGGGCAGCUGAUAGCUCGGAAUGUGACGGAUUCUGGCUUUAUCAUGUUUGUCACAGAGGGCCUGUGUGAUGUCAUCCGGCUGUUGGAUCUUUCGACUUGUCCCUCCUACUACAAGUGGAUAUGGCAGCUGCCGACGCCAUUGGAACACAGCCUUCUGGACACUCGGAACUUUGAAAGCUCUCCCCGGAAAAGAUUUAAAGAUUUUCAGCUCAAAUCCUUCCCAGUAAUGGACUUCAGUAAUCUGAAAAUGGCACAUCUGGAGAAGAUUAGGCAGGAAGAAAAAUCUUACAGUUCCAAAGACGAUCAACACAAUUCAACUGGCUUCAAAUCCUUGAAAUCACAGGACAAAUGCUUCAGGAUCGGCGCUAACUCUUGUCCCAUCUCUUGCCCCAUGGUGAUGACGCAGUUCGGACCACUCCCAAAGGAUGCUGUGGUGGGCGUCUAUGUGAAGGUUCACCGCCUGGAGCCAGGCGACAUUCUGGGCCUGCACCAACACUUCGUGCCUGACAAUUUACAGGAUAAGCGAAAUAUGAUAUUGGUGAGCCGAGGAGCCACACUUAUUCGCAUGAAAAAGGACAUGUUUGAUGGAUUCGUGGAUGCUGAGACCAAAGGAAAAGUGAAAGAAUUGCAGAUUGCCUAUCCCAGUGAUGAUACUAUAUGCCAGAAGAUCUUGAGAGAAAAUUCGUGGAACAUUUUCCGGAAGGACCUACUGAAACUCUUGACAAAAUUUCCUCCCUAUGAGAUGUUCACUGCAUUCCGGACCCAAAAAAAGUGUCUCUAUUCACCUUUGUCUGGGGUUCUGGACCUGAAGAGUUUAGGGAAGGAACCAAAAGUCUCAUACCCUAUCUUUAAUGCAAAAGAAGAUGUUCCAAAAAAGCUUCUUCCCCCCCUGAGAGUGGUGGACAGCAUCUCUGCUCCCAGGUACCGACUGAAGGAACUUAUGCCUAAAUAUAAGAGUUCUGGCACUUUCCUCUGA